AUGGUUAUAUGUCUCAUUCACCCGCACACUUGCGGAUUUGCUAAAACAGCAGCUUGGCAGAUCACAAGAGCGGUUACUACUAAAGUUAAACGCAGUGAGAACGAAACACCAAAGAGCCAUCACACGCGCGUUGUACAGGAGAUUUACAAUUGGUUUUCAUCUAUGUUCAGCAGUACAGGAAGCAGAUUUGCAGUCGAUUUCAAGUCUUUUAACCGAAAAUUGCCAGAACUUCGUAAGAAAUUUAGUACUUGGAACUCACGUAAAGCGCAAGAACCUGAGCAAUAUUUAGAAGCAUUUUCAACAGAUACCUGGGAUAAACUGUCACUACAAGCGAAAGACGAACAUAGCUUGAUGAACUGUCGAGGUUGCUUUCAUAAAUAUUCGGCCGUCCAGUCUUUCUUCCCUGUAGCUGCCAAGCAAUUUUUAAAUUGA